AUGCCGCAGGAAAUUGAAAAGAGUUUUUACAUUAGCAGUGAAAAUUUUAAGUUCAACGGUGACGAAAUAUCAGAACAACGAGAUAAGGUCAAAUCUGUUUGCUGUGCAAUCAUGCAGCAACAGAUGAACUGUCUACAUAUGGAGUUUACCAUUGCCAACAAUGGCACAAUCAGCUUCCUCGUCAGAGGUAAAAGAGAUCGUGUAGAAGUCACAAUAGGGUUGUUACAAAGACGCCUGACAGAUGAUCGACGUCAGUGCCCCAAAGAUCUUCCAGAAGGUGUAGCGAGUCUCACCUUAGAUAACUUGAAAACACACAACAAAGAGCUUGAAGAAUUUCGAGAGUUUGGUUGCAGACCAUGUGACCGAGUUUACUGGAGACAUGUAUUUGCAUACAAACCAGUUUCAAGGUGCCCCAACUGUAAAGUUCGUUACAAUGCCAUUCCUAAAGACUUGGAGUACGGAUGGUGCGAGUACAAUUGCAACAAGUGCGGAAACCAGUUCACCAGUCGUGGACAGGCAGGGAUACCGUCUCCUUGCUUCACUUGCAGAAACACAUAUGACGACCCAGAAGACUUUGAGGUUCUACCGUCUCGUAUUGGACCCAAAAACAACAAUAAUCGUAGUUCCCGAACUCCUCGCCAGUACACGCACGCGUGCAUUGAAUGCAGUAACGGGAGUAUUCGCCCCUGUCCAGGCUUAGUGAAAGUGAUAGUAGCAAGCACGCCUCAUAUUAGUACAGGAUCUACUUGUUCAACAUUUCUCACACAAGCCACGGAUUCUACUUACUUCAAUAUUCUGGAUUGA